AUGUAUAGAGAGUGGGCAGUGGUGAAUAUUCUCAUGAUGUUAUAUGUGUCCCUGCUUCAGGGCUUCAGUAAUGAACAUGGAGCGGUGAAGGAUUUUUCUCUGGAGCGAUCAUCCCGGUCCAUGUUGGAACGAUCUGAGCAACAGAUCCGAGCUGCUUCAAGUUUGGAGGAGCUGUUGCAAAUCGCACACUCUGAGGACUGGAAGCUCAAAAGUCUUGCCAGUACGGACUCGCGCUCAACAUCCCAUCGCUCCACCAGAUUUGCGGCAACUUUCUAUGAUACUGAAACACUAAAAGUUAUAGAUGAGGAAUGGCAGAGAACCCAAUGCAGCCCUAGAGAAACAUGUGUGGAAGUUGCCAGUGAGCUGGGGAAGACAACCAACACAUUCUUCAAGCCCCCCUGUGUAAAUGUGUUCCGGUGUGGAGGCUGCUGCAAUGAAGAGGGUGUGAUAUGUAUGAACAUAAGCACCUCCUACAUCUCCAAACAGGUCUUUGAGAUAUCAGUGCCUCUGACAUCAGUGCCUGAGUUGGUGCCCAUUAAAAUUGCCAACCACACGGGUUGUAAGUGCUUGCCCACGGUCCCCCACUAUCCCUACUCAAUUAUCAGAAGAUCCAUUCAGAUCCCAGAAGAAGAUCAAUGUUCUCAUUCCAAGAAACUCUGUCCUAUUGACAUGCUGUGGGAUAACACCCAAUGUAAAUGUGUUUUACAAGAUGAGAAUCCACUCCCCGAAACAGAAGACCACUCUUACCUCCAGGAACCAGCUCUCUGUGGACCACACAUGAAGUUUGAUGAAGAUCGUUGUGAGUGUGUCUGUAAAACACCAUGUCCCAGAGAUCUCAUUCAGCACCCAGAAAACUGCAGUUGCUUUGAAUGCAAAGAAAGUCUGGAAAGCUGCUGCCAAAAGCACAAGAUUUUUCACCCAGACACCUGCAGCUGUGAGGACAGAUGUCCUUUACUCACCAGAACAUGUGCAAGUAGAAAGCCAACCUGUGGAAAGCACUGCCUCUUUCCAAAGGAGACAAGGGCCCAGGGAUUCCACAGCCAAAAGAACCCUUGAUUCAACUUCCUCCCAAAUUCCCCAUCCCAGUCACUUUAAACAGCAUGAUGCUUUGUCAAGUUGCUGUCACUGUUGCCCACCACCCUUCAGGUGUUAGAAAAUUGAUUUUACCUAGUGCCACAAUAAAUCCACAUUUCCAUGCAACAGCAGCUGGGUAAUUUCCUAGUUCACUGACAAAUGACUUCUACCUUCAGAUGCCUCUGCACACCAGUAUUCAGAGAGGAAGAGGUCUGGGGAGCCCAUUGUUUUGAUGCAUGAGAAAGGAUUGGCUGCUACAGAGUAAGCAGGUGCCCCAUGAUUGAUUACUCAGACUGGCAAAGUCCAAGUGCAAUGCUUAUGAAUUAUUCUGGUUCUUUCUUAUGCAGAAUUUCAUAUGUGUGAGCAGCACUAAUGUAAUUCCUGUUCAGCUUGUACUUUUCAAGUUUACUGAACCACUGCCUGAUAUUUCACAUUUAAAUGUAUUUAAAGGAAAUAAACAUCAUU